CUGCCCUCAAACCAGAUAACAGUUUUGGAUUAGCCCAUCCCCGCUACUCUCCACCAGAGCCAGAGGUGCUUCCCCCUUCGUUUCAGGCUGAUGCUCACAGGUUCUUAACAAUGGCUUCUUCAGUUACUUCUUCCUUCCAAUCCAGGUCUAUGUUUUUGGGCAAUAGCAAAGGAAUCCACAUCUCUGGUGUCCCUGUAACUCGUGUUGGUUUUUCAAGGAAGAUAGUGGAAUGUAAGGAAUCACGAAUUGGGAAACAACUAAUUGUAGUGCCAGCCAAUGUAACACUAACAUUGGAAGGUCAAGAUUUGAAAGUAAAGGGUCCUUUGGGAGAACUUUCAUUGACUUAUCCACGCGAAAUUAUGCUGGAGAAAGAGGAGUCUGGGUUGCUAAGGCUCAAAAAGGCAGUAGAAACUAGAAGAGCCAACCAAAUGCAUGGGCCUUUUCAGACACUGACUGACAACAUGGUAGUAGGAGUAUCCAAGGGAUUUGAGAAGAGACUUCAACUGGUUGGAGUUGGGUAUCGUGCAGUGUUAGAAGGAAAAGACUUAGUACUGAAUCUCGGGUUUUCACAUCCGGUUAGGAUGGCAAUCCCUGAUGGUAUCCAAGUGAAGGUGGAAGAGAAUACCAGAAUUGUUGUUAGCGGAUAUGAUAAAAGCGCCAUUGGUCAAUUUGCUGCUUCUGUUAGGAAAUGGAGACCCCCGGAACCUUAUAAAGGUAAGGGUGUUAAAUAUGCUGAUGAAGUUAUUAGAAGAAAGGAAGGAAAAGCUGGGAAGAAGAAGUAGUGGAAGCACUCCUUGUCUCCUUGUUUCGUUUUGUUGUCUCGUAUAUGUGUUCCUCAUUGUUCAUCUGCAAUUCCAGAUGUACUUGUUAUAAGCCAAUGUAGAUGAUUUGGUUUAUGCUGUUGCAAAACUUGUCAGUAGUGUAAUGCUCCGAGUAUGAGUUGGAAGGGUC